AUGCGCAGCAAGGUACCCCUAGGCAAGUCCUCACCUCGUCCUCACGUGCAGGUGAAUAACUACGGGCGAAUUAACUCGCCCGCCGAUGACAUCCGCAUAGCCAUGGCGAAGAACGCGAGCAAGGCGGGAAGUCCUACCGCCGCCUCCGGUGCGAGCUGUGACGGGGAAGACGGAGACGAAGCACACGGCGACGACGCCGAGGAGGAUUGGCCGGAGAACGGCCACGAUGACAGCGCUUCGGGCGACGAAUUUGGUACUGCCGACAUCGAGGAGGACGAAUGGUGGAAUCAGCCGGUCGGGAGCGGCGACGAGGUGGAAGAGUGGCGGGCUGGUGAUUCCGACAACGGCGGAGGUGAAGAUGCUGGCGGUGACAACGCGGAGGCACAGGAAGCGGCGGUGGAUGCGAAUGAGGCUGCCGACGAGGCGGCGGCGGAACUCGAGACAGAGGCGCCUGCGGAUGCGGACGCGGUGGCGGAGGCGAACAAGGUGGCUGCGGAUGCCGUCUUAUUUGAGGCACAGGACAACGAGUGGAUGGACGAGAGCGCUGUGCAGACCUGGCUGUCCAAGGAGGUGCUUCCCCAUCUGUACCCCCAGCGCGGCAAGAGCGCGAGGCGUGCGAUGCUGGUGUUAAACUCCUACCGCGGCCACAUCACCCAGACCAUGCUUCAGUCGUACCGCACGCACAGCAUCACCCCUGCAGUCAUUCCAGCGGGUUGUACGAGCCAGAUUCAACCCCUGGACGUCUCCAUCAACCGGUGCUUCAAGGCUGCCGUGCGAGCGCGCUACGCCAGGUGGUUCAUGCGUGAAGGGAUUCACCUGAAGACGAAGAAGGCAGGGAACCUGCGGAGGCCUCCGCACCCCGUGGUGCUGCAGUGGAUCGCGGAGGCUUGGGAUCAAGUCCCCAGGCAGAUCAUCAUCGACGCGUUCCGCCACUGUGGGAUCUCCAGCAAGCUGGACGGAACGGAGAACCAACUGGUGAUGUCUCAGCUGCGCGCCAGGAGCACCACCGAUGUCUCCGAGGACAUGUCCCUCGGGGGGACCACAGGCGACAACGCGCGCCUGCUUCGGAAGGCUCCAAAGGAGGAGGAGGAGGAGGAGGAGGAGGAGGAGGAGGAGGAGGAGGAGGAGGAGGAGGAGGAGGAGGAGGAGGAGGAGGAGGAGGAGGAGGAGGAGGAGGAGGAGGAGGAGGAGGAGGAGGCGAUGCAGGCGGAGGGCGUGCGGGAGGUGGCCGUGGCAACUGGCCUGGAGGUGCUGUACCAAGAGACCCCCAACUACCGCAGAGCGGCAGCCGAGGCUGACCGCAUGAUCGAGCCAAUUGAGACGGCUAGGCAUGCCUGGCGAGUGCCAGAUCUGAGCGUAGAGCCUGUUGCUAGUGCUGCAGAGGAGGCGGUUACUGAGGGGGGUUAG